AUGUCCGGCUACACAGACUCAAUAUGCGUCUUUUGCGGCUCCUCGCCCGGCACCAAGCCCGAAUACAUGGCCGCUGCCGCUAGCGUCGGUCAGGCCAUCGCCAAGCACAACUACCGUCUUGUCUACGGAGGCGGCUCGCGCGGCUGCAUGAGCGGUGUCUCGCAAGCCGUAUUCGAAGCCGGGGGACACGUUCUCGGUGUCAUCCCUCAAGUCAUGGCCACCACCAAGCCCGCGGGUCACCCUGGCCAGGGUGUUGGAGCUCAAAUCGUCGUCUCGAAGGAGGGCACUGGACCUACCGUCCUCAACCCCGACGCGGGCUCAGGUCACGUCGAGACUGUCGUCGUCCAGUCCAUGCACGAGCGCAAGCAACGCAUGGCCGAGGAGAGCAAUCUUGGCUUCAUCGGUCUUCCCGGCGGGUACGGCACCUUUGAAGAGGUCAUGGAGAUGGUCACUUGGACGCAGCUCGGCAUCCACCGCAAACCCAUGGUCCUCCUUAACGUCAACGGCUUCUAUAGCCCACUCAAGCAGCAGAUCGACCUCGCCGUCGAAGAAGGCUUCAUCUCCAAAGCCGGUCAGCAGCUCGUCAGCUUCAUCGACUGCGACCCGUCCAACAUUGCCGCCUGCGGUGACGCUGUGCUGGCCGAAUCCGUCCGCCUCGCCAAGGAGCUCUCCGCCAACGGCUCCGGCUACUGGGACUGGAACAAGCCCCAGGGACCCACUAGCACCGCGGAGGGGGGCAUCAUCGACAAUGCCGCUUCCAAAUCCAUUCCCCUCGCCGAAGGCGAACAGCUCGCCGUCGAGGUCACCAACCUCACGUUCACUUUCAAUCCGGACAUUCCGCCCUCGCUCGAGCAGUGCAACCUCCACCUCAAGCGCGGCUCUCGCUGUCUGCUCAUUGGUGCCAAUGGCGCGGGCAAGUCGACGCUCCUCCGGCUGCUCGCGGGCAAGAAGCUGUGCGAUUCCAAGGUGCGUGUGUUUGGCAAGGACGUCUUCCGCGACUCACCCUCGGGAGUUACCUAUCUGGGUACGGAGUGGGCUAUGAACCCCGUCGUGCGGUCCGAUAUUGUCGUCUCGACCUUCCUCGAUUCCGUGGGAGGAUACCGUCACAAGGCACGCCGCGACCGUCUGCUCGAUAUUUUGGACGUCGACCUCACGUGGCACAUGCACGCCAUCUCGGAUGGCGAGCGACGUCGCGUUCAGCUGUGCAUGGGGUUGAUGGAGCCAUGGGACCUGCUGUUGCUCGACGAAGUGACAGUCGAUCUCGAUGUCCAAGUUCGUGCCGAUCUGCUCGACUUUUUGCAGCUGGAAACCGUCGAGCGCGGCGCCACCAUCAUCUAUGCAACACACAUCUUUGACGGUCUGCAAAGCUUCCCUACCCACCUGGCGCACAUGAGGCUGGGAACGACCACCACCACCCUACCCAUCGACUGGCCGGCGAAGAACCCGGCGGACAUCGCCGCCCUCCCACCCACGGCGAACGCCGAUAAGGAUCGAGACCUGUCCCCGCUGCUCAACGUCUCGCUCGCCUGGUUGCGCGAGGACAAGGUCGUCAGGGCCGAAGCUGAAGCCAAGAGGGGCAGAACCAGAGGCGCCAAUAGGAACAACGUCGAGACCGACUCGGAGAGGUUCUUUAGCAAGUACGACUAUUCGCAGACGGUAACUCGUUGA